AUGGCCCCGAUCAAUCUCUAUGCUCUGUUCAAACCCGGCGUUCUCAGAACGGAAGGCUUCGCCUACGGAAGGACCGCCUCAGAGGAGCGCCAGGGGGCGUAUGACAUUGAGCGUGUUCCUAGCGGGAGGUGGGAGGGCAUCGGAGCCUUCUCGGCCCAGCGCGGAGCACCUGAGGUGAAGCAACGUGGCGUUACAGAAGAGGAAGCCCUAAGUGGUAUAGGAACCUACGUCGGUAGCACCUUGUGCAUCGCCCGAGUUCCUCAAGGAAAACCCAAGGUCUGGAAUUACGGUGUGGUGGUCAGCUACACCUGGAAUAACCUCGGAAAGUCAGGUGUUCUACAGGUCACUUUCGCAGACGCUACCCGUGACCUGGCUUUCGGCAGUGAAGAAUUCCAGGACUUGGCUCUGGAGACCUACGCUCUUCGCCCAUGCUACCUGCGGGGAACGACGGACGUCAUGCCUGCAGAAAUGCGGGCUCUGCACAACGCUGCUCAUGACCAUUUCAAUGGUGUCGGUCAAUCUGCUCGCCGAAGCACGGCAACAGUGCUAAAGAAAAUUUCGAUGAACCCUGUGGACGAGAGUCAAAUGGUGCCGGUAUACAACCUCGAGAAUACCCAGGUUGAGUUUCUAAAGAUAGAGCACAUCCUAAAUUUUGUGUUCUAUCGCGAAGGUAAACGACGACCACCACAAGGACUUUCUGUACCGAACGCUCUCUUUGGCAUAGCCCCUCCGGGUGCGGGCAUGGGUGGAGCAAGCCCGCAAGCCAGGAGCGUAGCAGACAAUGAAAGGUUGGAACAGUUAUAUGACUCGGAUGACGACCUGGACCCUUCAGAACCGCGCCAAGACGAGCGACCCGUCGAGGGCCGUCCUAAACGGGACCGUGAGGGAUCCCCACAAAGCUCCCCAGAUGGUCAACGAGAGUCGAGACUCUUCGCCUUAAGACAACGGCUCGGGGACGACGCUGAGAUGGUUCAAGACAUUGACCAGCUGAUCGCGUUUCGCCAGGCAAACCUGAACAAAGGGAGCUCGACGUCACUGGUGAGCGCGGCAGUCAAGGAAACCAAGUCGCAGUUCAGACCAAGCGGGUGA